CGACAUCGCAACGCUCCCGUUCCACGGUGCCACAUGAAGCAUCUAGCUGCUGGUAUCACGGCUGCUGAGCAUCUCUCCACUUUCGUCCUUCCCGUCUUGCUCUCAAUUGCAGUGGCAAGCCAGAACCAUUAACCCACCCCCCUUUUUGUUUUACUUCGUGCUAUGCAUUACAUCACACCUUAAACUAGGCAUCCGAUCACGCAGCUUCCAUGCGAGCUAUUCUCCCCGGAAGACCGCAGUCCAGGCUUCAGGCUGUGACCACAGGCUUUUGGGAAGGGAAGCACAUCAUCGUACAAGCCUUCUCCGCCCCUGUGCUCAACCUACGCAGCGAAAGCUAACACGCUGACUAGGCGUACGUCUCCGGCAAUGCGAUCGUUGUUCUCGACGGCCCCAACUCCAUCCUUCAGACCACCUACCUCGAGCUACCAGACGAGCUCGUUGCCAUUGCUCUCGAUGAACUUUCCGGCAAGAUAGCGGCCGCCUCGGCAUCCACGGUACACGUGUACAGACCGUACGGGCGCGACGAGGGCGCGCUGAGGUGGUCGUUGCAGUGCCAUCUUGACGCUUCUGAUGGCCAUGGCGUGGAGACACUAUCGUGGGGGCUAGACGAGGAGCUGCUGGUGGGCGGCGGGGAACUGCGAUUGUAUUCCACGUAUCACAAUCAAGGAGAGCUGUUGUGGAGUAAGAAGCUGGCGAACCCGCCUCGCUUCGCGGCAUUCUCGUACGACUCAAGUCUCAUCGCCUCUGCCGGGAAGUACGACCGCCUGGUCAAGAUCUGGAGGCGGCUCUCCCUUGCGGAUCAGAGGUUCGAGUAUGCGUACCUCCCGCAUCCGGCACCUGUCACGGGCAUGUACUGGCGGCGGCCGUUCCACCGGGACCAGUCUUUCGACAACGUGCUAUAUACAAUCUGUGCGGACAACAAGCUGCGAAUAUGGGCACCCGCUGGUGACCACGGCCUGUCGAUUUUGCAUCUGUGGGCAGACAUUAAUCUUAAGGACUCCAUCCAGCCUCGCUCACUGGACCCGCGACACCGAUCGGACAAGAGAUACGCAUUUAUAAUCGACAACCGCGACUUCACAGCAGCGACCGAACGUGUGGUGCAGAAUGCGUCAAGCGACGAGCAGGCAGAGCCAGGUAUGGCACAUCUGAUUGAGGUCGCGACCAAGAGCCCGGAUGUCUGCGUUGUGCUGGACGACAGGGGGAACAUGUCGGCUUGGGGAUUGGAGAGUGUGGGCUGCAAGCACAGAAAACCAGGUGACAUCUUCAACAUCGCACAUACAGAUGGGAUGCGCUUUCGUUUUGACCCCGGCGCGACUGGCGUGGAGGACAAUACCCAGUUCUAUCCGUUCGCGUCGGAAGAAGGGCUUUGCAUUUUGACGCAUCACUUUGAUGGUCGACUGGAGUGGUUCGAAGGGCGCCUAGAUCGCCUUUUCGAUCCGUCUCCACAGCGGCAGCGGCUGAAGAACAGGAUCACCUGGACUGGUCACAGGAGUGAGAUCAAGAAGAUUGUGCGGUCCGCUACUGGCAAGGCUCUGAUCUCAAGGACCGCCGAAAACGAAAGCAUCGUCUGGAAGAGAUAUCAUACCGAAGCCGGGGACACGAUAGCUCGAAAGAGUAUCAUUGAUAAGACCGAGCAUAUUCAUCGCGUGUGGCUUCUGCAAGAAGGCAGAUUCGUUGCAUUCUUGCACCAUGGAAGCAUCUCUCUUUGGGACGCAAGACAAUCAAAAGCUGUGCAGGUCGCUCGAUAUCCUUAUGAGCUCCAGGGCAAGCCUCUGUGCUUGUUGUGCAUCCCCGAAGAACAUGAAGACAAGCGACAUGUCCACCUCGCGACCAUCACGAGCGAGAUGAAGGGUUGUGCUUGGGAGGUCACUCUCCCCACCAACGGAGAUCCCAACGACACCGUCGAGCUCACAGAUUUUGGAGCGUUUGAUCUGGGUACUGACAACGAUCUCGCCUACGUCUUGCCUGUUGACCCUGCUGGCACUGCGCCAGUCAUUUCAGGCUUCUUGGAUCUGUUUGCACGCGACGUUGCCAUCUCGUACUCGAAGGCCGGCGUGUUGAAGUCAUGGACGGCGAGACCAAACGUCGAGCAAAAGAAGCUCGAGUGGCUUCAAACUUCGACCGUUGAGACCUUGAUCGAGAAUCCGUCGCUCGGCAGCGCGACGUCCAUCCGCAAAGCCGCUUUGGUCAGCGCCGACAAGACCUUGCUGACGAUCUGGAACACGCGGAGUGCCCAGUUGGAGCACGAAGAGCAGUUUGAGGAGUAUGACACAAUUCAAGAUCUCGAUUGGCUGUCCACGCCUGACAAUCAAUCCAUCCUGGCCGUCGGAUUUCCUCGACGUGUCAUUGUGUACGUCCAGCUCCGGUACGAUUACGUUGAUGCGAGGCCGUCCUGGGCCCCCCUACGCGAGUUCAGCAUCCGGGAUCUGACGCCCCAUCCGAUUGGGGACAGCGUCUGGCUCGGCAAUGGCGGCUUUGUGAUUGGAGCUGGAAAUCAACUAUUUGUUCAAGAACAGAAGAUUGAUGUGUCUGAUCAUAUUAUGCCGGACCUUAGGCUGCUGUCCAAUGACAAAAGAGGCUUCGAUCUCUUCACCGUUGUCAGCCGUUUGAACGGCCCGCUACCCGUCUUCCACCCUCAGUUUUUGUCACAAUGCAUUCUCAGUGGCCGUUUGCUCCUAGCGCAGAAGAUCCUCCUCAAGCUGUGGAAGACGAUGAAGUUUUAUUCAGACGGCGAGCCGUUUGACAGCUUGCUUGGUUUCGACCUCGAGGAUUUUGCGCAGGAUGAAGACCUGACUGCGUCGGCGGCAAAAAAAGAGAUGCACUCCUCAUAUGCCGAAUUUAUUGAUGAAGAGCCCGAGACAAUAACCGAAGACGUGGCUGUAGCGCUCAACGAGCAGUUGGCGACGAGAACGGUACCUUUCCUCUCGAGCAGAGAUCAGAUUCACCUCGUUGACAUUGUUGAAUGCGUCGCGACGGUCGAGAAACAUAGAAGAUCACUGGACAACAACGGUUCGCGCUUCUUGCUCUUCUUCAGGCAACAUGUACUUCGCUCGAGUCAGCGCUCUGAGCACAGUCCGUUGUCGUGGCGAGAGAUUACCUGGGCUUUCUACAGCGGCAGUCAGGAUAUUUUGGCUGACCUUGUGUCGCGUCACUUCCAUGGCAGGAUGUUGUGGGAGCAUGCGAGAGACAGCGGCAUGUUUAUGUGGAUGACGGAUUUGACAGCUCUGCGGCAGCAAUUUGAGGUUAUUGCACGCAAUGAAUACACAAAGUCAGAUGAGAAAAAUCCAGUCGACUGCAGUCUGUACUACAUGGCGCUCAAGAAGAAGGCAGUUCUCGUAGGUCUGUGGCGCAUGGCUACAUGGCACAAGGAGCAAUCUUCUACACAUCGGUUUCUAUCCAACAACUUUGACGAGCAGCGUUGGAAGACUGCCGCGUUGAAAAAUGCGUAUGCUCUCAUGGGUAAACGCAGGUUCGAGUACGCAGCUGCCUUCUUCCUGCUUGCUGGAGCAUUGAAGGACGCCGUCAGGGUAUUGAGCCAUCAGCUUGGUGACAUGCAGCUUGCCAUUGCUGUGGCGAGAGUGUAUGAGGGUGACAACGGACCGGUACUUGAAGAAUAUCUGAAGCAACAUGUACUACCCUUGGCUGCCACGGAAGGAAACAGAUGGAUGGCGAAUUGGGCAUUGUGGAUGUUGGGUAAGCGUGACAAGGCCGUCAGGGCGCUUAUACUACCUCUCGAUUCCCUCCUCUCGCCUCCGGAAACACCGAACUUACAAUCUAAGCUGUUCUUGACUGACGAUCCCGCUCUUGUCGUGCUGUACAAACAGUUGCGCGAGAAGUCGCUGCAGACACUUCGCGGCGCGCUCUCGGUGUCGCCUCGAGCUGAAUGGGAGUUCAUCACGCAUACAGCUGGUUUGUAUGAGCGCAUGGGAUGUGAUCUGCUUGCGCUGGACUUAGUCCGUAGUUGGGAGUUCUUGAUUCCACAGCCUCAGAUUUCAGUGCCGAAGAUCCCUGUUGUCAAACAACCUUCGAUUGCUGAAGUGGUUUUGAGGGAAAAGGAUAUAGGACCGAAAUCGCAGAUUUAUUUCAACCCACCGCCUUCAGCGCUUGACGGGUUCGACAUCGACCCCAAGCGGCUACUGCGCAGAAGAAGCUCACUUGUAGUUGCGGAUUUACCGCUCUCACCGACGGUGGACCAUCACAAGAAGCCGUCGCUGGCAGAUGGCAGCGCAAUCUUCGAAGAUGAGAAGGAGACCAACGAAAUUCAAACGAAUGGGUUUAGGAACAUGAAGGACAAGAAGAAGGAUGAGGACGACGAUAAGAAGAAGCAGAAGCCUCCUCCGACGCAAUUUGUGGAACCGGAUGCGAACAGCUUGUUGGAUUCUUUUGGGUUCUAGCGUGUAUACCCCUUGUACAUUGUGUAGCCAUAGUAAAUCCUAAUCUAGAGUUCGCCGAUCUGAAGGCAGCGGCUUUAGGUUGGUGUGGAACAGAUCGGCACGGCCGCACUGCAGGCAUGAACAGUUGGAGCAAGGUAUGCGAACACCGUCAUGGUCACAUACGGGAAUUCAAGGCGUUCGAGUGCAUCACAAGACAAUUA